AUGAGUAGUACGAAGUCUGGUUCAAAAGUAGUAACAACAGGAUAUUCAUUGACGAAAGAUCUGACUAUGGAUUGGAUCAAACUGAAAACCCUUGGCGAGGGAUGUUUUUCAGUUGUGGAUUUAGUGAAGAUAAUAAAGCCUAUGUCUUGUAUACUUGCUGUUAAAUCUUCUCCUUUCUCCUGCCCCUCACUUUCCAAGGAAUACAAGAUCCUUCAACAGUUUCUUGGUUGCCCGUAUAUUGUUCAAUGCUACGGUGCUAUGAUGAGCCUUGGAUAUUCGGAGCCUUACUUCAACUUGUUUGUUGAAUAUGCUCCUGACGGGAAUCUUCUCAAUUUGAUCCAGAAAUUUGGCGGUAAAAUACCAGAAUCUGACGUGAGGUGUUAUAUCAGGAUGAUACUUGGAGGGCUUUGUGAUAUUCAUAAGAGAGGUUACGUCCAUUGUGAUCUCAAACCAGAAAACGUCCUUGUUUAUCCUUCCAAUCAAUACGGUUUGUUUACUUUGAAGAUCGGUGAUUUUGGCUUAGCCAAAGAACUUGAACAAAUUGAUCCGCCAAAGGCGACACCUGAUCCCUUGCCUAGGUUUCGAGGUACGCCAGCAUACAUGCCACCAGAAUCUCUCAGGGAUGGGAAAAUCACUGCUUCUAUGGACAUAUGGUCGCUGGGAUGUGUUGUUCUUGAGAUGGUGACUGGAACACGGCCAUGGACAUCUACCAGGAAUCCAAAGGAUUUGGCGAAGAAGAUUGCUUUGACAAACGAUUUGCCAUAUAUUAUACCGGACAACAUGUCCAAGGAAGGGAAAGAUUUCUUGAUGAAGUGCUUUGCUAGGGAUCCCAGUGAACGUUGGACUGCCGACAUGCUGAUAAAUCAUCCUUUUCUCAUUCCGGACUCUACCUUAUUGGCUCCACACAGAAGUUUUCUCCAAGAUCCUUUGGCAGAUACUUCAAGUUGUUCGGAGGGACAAGCUUCGUUUUCCAGCAUACGUGCACUCUUUUAA